GAGAUGGCGGCAGCCUGGACAGAUCUGUGUCAGGUCUCGGGUACGGCGAGAGGCGAGUAAUGAGCUGCACAGCAGGAGGAAAAUAAACACAUCACAGUCAUGGAGACCAACCUGCAGAAGAGAAAGGACAGCCGGAAGGCUCUGCGUAUUAAAGUCAUCAGCAUGGGGAACGCAGAAGUGGGAAAGAGCUGCAUUAUCAAGCGUUACUGUGAGAAGAGGUUUGUGCCCAAGUAUCAGGCAACAAUAGGGAUCGAUUAUGGAGUGACAAAGGUGCAGAUAAAGGACCGAGAAAUUAAGGUGAAUAUAUUUGACAUGGCCGGCCAUCCCUUCUUCUAUGAGGUGCGCAAUGAGUUCUACAAGGACACACAGGGUGUCAUAUUGGUGUAUGAUGUGGGCCACAAGGAGACCUUUGAGUCGUUAGAUGGUUGGCUAGCUGAGAUGAAACAGGAGCUUGGUCCUCAAGGCAACAUUGACAACAUUGUCUUUGCUGUGUGUGCCAAUAAGAUUGACAGCACAAAGCACCGCAGCGUGGAUGAAAGUGAAGGGAGACUCUGGUCGGAGAGCAAAGGAUUUCUUUAUUUUGAAACCUCCGCACAGAGUGGGGAAGGAAUUAAUGAGAUGUUCCAGGCCUUUUAUUCGGCAAUUGUGGAUUUAUGCGAUAAUGGCGGGAAGAGGCCAGUGUCGGCCAUAAACAUUGGCUUCACCAAAGAGCAAGCGGACUCGAUACGCAGGAUCCGUAAUUGCAAGGAUAGCUGGGAUAUGCUGGGGGUGAAGCCUGGGGCCACAAGGGAUGAAGUGAAUAAAGCCUACCGCAAACUCGCCGUGCUCCUUCACCCGGACAAAUGCAUGGCGCCCGGCAGCGAGGACGCCUUUAAAGCGGUUGUGAAUGCACGGACAGCUCUGCUGAAGAACAUUAAAUAGAGGCGGGACUCCUGCGUCUGUCACUCACUCCUGCAUGGUAUCAGCGAGGUCCGGCUAAUACAAAAUCAAUUGUCAUUUGUGAAUGGAACAGCUUUGUACUGCAGGCUCAUCCAUUACUGUCUGCGGGGGAGAAAACUGGAACGUGCCAUCCCUCCUGUGAAGCAAACAGACUCUCCCUAAUCCUGUGGGACACCAGCACUGAUUUGUAUGUGAUUUAGUGCACAUUCAGCACCAUCACUCCCAUUCCUCUGUAUAACGGACAUUGCCCUUGUGCACCGUCUUCUUAGGUCCAUCUGAAUGCAGCGUUUCUUCUAGUGCACUCGAGAAUCUACUUCUACUGGUGAAUCUGCCCAUGCAUGUACCAAUAUAGAUGUUUUGUGUGAUUGGCUGGACAGUGCUGACCUAUUGGCCAAUGCACCAUGUUAGUCAGUGUAUAGAGCAGCAGCCGCUCAUCAGUUAUUACUGGUCUGUUGUUCUGAAUGGCCGUAUGUGUCUGCAGGUUAAUUGGUUGGAUUCCAACGAGCAGCAGCUUUUGUUUGACCAGUUUCAGUCUGCAUAGGAUUCUACUGAGUUCAGUCCAGUCUGCAUAGGACUCUAAUGGUUUCAGUCCGGUCUGCUUAGGACUCUACUGGGUUCAGUCCAGUCAGCAUAGGACUCUACUGGGUUCAGUCCGGUCUUCAUAGGACUCUACUGAGUUCAGUCCGGUCUUCAUAGGACUCUACUGAGUUCAGUCCGGUCUGCUUAGGACUCUACUGGGUUCAGUCCGGUCUUCAUAGGACUCUACUGAGUUCAGUCCGGUCUGCAUAGGACUCUACUGGGUUCAGUCCGGUCUUCAUAGGACUCUACUGAGUUCAGUCCAGUCAGCAUAGGACUCUACUGGGUUCAGUCCGGUCUUCAUAGGACUCUACUGAGUUCAGUCCGGUCUGCUUAGGAUUCUACUGGGUUCAGUCCGGUCUGCAUAGGACUCUACUGGGUUGAGUCCGGUCUUCAUAGGGCUCUACUGGGUUCAGUCCGGUCUUCAUAGGACUCUACUGAGUUCUGUCCGGUCUGCUUAGGAUUCUACUGGGUUCAGUCCGGUCUGCAUAGGACUCUACUGGGUUCAGUCCGGUCUUCAUAGGACUCUACUGGGUUCAGUCCGGUCUUCAUAGGACUCUACUGGGUUCAGUCCGGUCUGCAUAAGACUCUACUGAGUUCAGUCCAGUCUGCAUUGGGCUCUGCUGAGUUCAGUCUGCAUGGGAUAGUAGCCAGUCAUGUAGGCCAGCCCUCAAUCAACUGUUUAAAAAAGGGAAGGAAAGACAGAAUGACUGAUCCUAGUGGUUUACAUAUGACCCCGCUGCUCAUCUUCUUUUCUUUAUAAAAAAAAAAA